UAACUCUCGCGUGUUUGCGCUUCUCUCUCUUACCCCGCGAGAUUACAUAUUUCCCAAAUCGCCCCGCGAACUCUUUCUCCUUCCUCUUUCCGCCAUAUUGCAGAACUGGCAUCAUGGUGCGCAUGAAUGUACUCGCCGAUGCGCUGAAAAGCAUCAACAAUGCUGAGAAACGUGGAAAACGACAGGUUCUGAUCCGACCCUGCUCCAAAGUCAUAGUGCGCUUCCUGACAGUCAUGAUGAAGCACGGCUACAUUGGCGAGUUCGAGAUUAUCGAUGACCACAGAGCUGGAAAAAUUGUUGUUAAUCUCACAGGCAGACUAAACAAGUGUGGCGUCAUUAGCCCCAGAUUUGAUGUUCAAAUCAAGGAUCUGGAGAAGUGGCAGAACAACCUGCUACCUUCUCGUCAGUUUGGAUACAUUGUUUUGACCACCUCAGCUGGCAUCAUGGACCAUGAGGAAGCCAGGCGAAAACACACAGGAGGCAAAAUCCUGGGAUUCUUUUUCUAAAACAUGUAAAGGCACCUGCAAAUAAAAUGAUUUCCAAUGGA